AUGGCACAACCGCCUCGCACAAAGCAUCCCCUUGAUAUCCUCCAGGGCAUGAUCAAUGGCAUACUCAUAGAAACAGGAAGGGCCCUAAAAACGUCCACCAAGGAUGGUAGAAGAGCGCUUUCCAGUAACAAUCCUCGCCUUCAAUCGACAAUCCCCCCCGCGGUGGAGACCUUCCAGCAAGCACUCGACGAGCUUGAAUGCGAUAUUCUUCGUGCGAAAUCCGUCUUGUCGCGAGAUCUAGAAGAAGCACGACUGAAGCGGAUCGCGUUGGAAACUCCCGCAAAUAUCCCCGAAGAAGCUCCUCAAAAUAACGGCAUAGCGACUGAGAGCACUGAACCUGAGACCCAACCUGUCGAGGUCAAUGAUUCGCUUCAAGCUACAGAACCCGAGCCUUCGCCGAUCAAGGAAGAGCGGCAACCGAGAAGCCCAGAAAAGCAGCAACUACCAGACAUUACUCAAGAACCUAUGCCGGAUGAGCCGAAAGACGCGCCCGCAAUUGCGUCGGGUACCCCCAAGGGGUUGCAAAUCCCUUCGCCCCCUGCUUCCUACAAUGAAGCCAACACAACUACAAACCCGAUCGGUCUUGGAAUAAACACAGAAGCGAAACCUGAUGAUUCUGACCCCACGACUAAUGGACCUCAAGAUCCCUCAAUCGAUUCGUUGUUUGACAUUCCAGAUAACGAUGACACCAACAUAGACCUCAACUUCGAUAGCAUGGAUUUCUCCUUUAAUACAAAUACCAACACGCAGACCCAAGAUCAACCUCAGACGCAAAAUGAUGACUUUGAUCUCUCGGCAUUCGGAAACACCUCCCCAGACUUCAACUUACCGAGCCUCAAUCCGCCAAAGGAUGCCAAUUCUGAAAAUAUUGAAAAGGCCGCUGAAAAUAAACCAGUAGAGGACCUCCUCAACCUAGGAGCUAAUGUCGGAGGUGGUGAUAGUAUGGACUUGGAUCUAAAUCUUGACAUGGUUGGAGCAGAGGAUAGUGCUUUCGAUGACAUGUUCUUCGAUAAUGAGGGUGGAAUGAGCGCCGGCGGUGAAAUGGAGCACGACACCUAUGACAGUGCAUUCUUCGGCUUGAGUUGA